AUGCCGUCGAACUCAACUUCGUCCUCCAACGACAAUGCUCGUCGCAAGACUCGACGUCGGCCUCAUACCGACCUGAAUAUCAAUACAAACACUUCAUCCCUUGCCUCGUCGUUGUCGAGGGAAAGAGACGCCAUUCCGCACCCACAGACGCCGCCUCCUCAGAAUUCAGAAUACCGCGUGUCCCAGUCUAAGUCCAAGUCUAAGUCAAAGUCUCUAGCCAAUACGAAUUCCAACAACAGCAACAAUCGGGCGCCUACCAGGUUACCCGCCUCCAACACUCACGCGCAUGAGUCCUUUCUAGAGAAUCCCACUCCCGUCGAGGACGACAUGGCCGACCGUCUACCUCCAUCAUCCACCCAGCGCGACUCCCACGACCUAUCGUUGUCUCCUCGCAACGUCACCCGAGACUCCCUCGUGGCUAAUAUGCUUAUGUCUCUCGAUCAAUUCUCCAUGGCACAGUUGAGCGACAAGUACGGCCCAUCAUCCACACCUGCAUCGCGUACACAUACCUUCGACGAGACCUCGCCCCAGUUUGGCGCCGCCGAGCAGACUAGAAGCUGGGUAGCCUCCAAUUCUGUCGCAGGUCCACCCCGAUCCAACGGACACCAAUACUCUUAUAGCUCAGAUCUUGAGGGCGCAGACGAUUCCAGUCGUAUAUCGAGUCGCGGCCGACGGAGCAAUAGUAGCUCCAAUUUCCAAUCGAGUUUCCCGCGCCUUAAUAGCGUUCGCGAAGGCCACAGAGCAGGCUCAUCGAGAGCCAUGCAUUCGAGAGGGGGCAAACCGGGCAGCAAAAGCAGUAGUACAGCUAGUGUUGACGCUGGUUAUGUUCAAGUGCUUGGAAGUCAACGAUAUGGACGUGGGUUUGGAAGAUCUGCAAGUUUUGACUAUGGACCUCAGCAGCAAGCAGUACAGCCUCCAGUUGUUGAACCGUCUCCCUUUCGAGUCGAGUUCUCGAAUAGUUACAUCGACAACGAAUACGAUGCAGCCCCGACCCCUACCGUCCCGGGUGGCCCACGACGGGAGCCGUCGAUCCCUGCGAUGUCGGCAAUGUCCUCGUCUAUCCCACCACCAAUGCCACCUCCACCUCUCGAGCCCCCAACACUCGAUCACAAACGCAGCAGUCGCUCUUUGAAGAGCGUGUCGGGACGCAAGCCUGCCACUUCGCGGGAGCCUACACCUGCUGUGCCAGCCCUGGACCUUGAUUCGGCACCUGCACCCAAUGUUGGCUAUGGUAAAUCAAAGGACCCGACUGUGCACAGUGGCCCAACGCCUGCAACACAUGCACCUGCACCCGUCAAGGAGCGUCCGGGCUUUUUCAGGAGAGUGUUUGGAUCGUCCCGCAACAACUCACAUAAUAGUAACGAAACGACAAACCCUCCGACACCACAAUCGAAUCCUUCUGCCGACAAGAUGGCUGGUAGUGCAUCAGCACCACCGUCUCGCGACACAUCUUCAUCACAUUCUCAUCACCCCGUCCUACAAAAGAAACCAUCGUCGUUCUUUCGUCGGCGGAAGAAGUCCGUUACUGAAGAUACUCCUCCUCUGCCUCCAAUGCCUACAGCUCCCGUCCCUACAGCUGCGCCUAACUUGGCUCCCCAGGAUAGGGAUGGCAACUAUCCACCGCAGCCAAGCCCUGUUAGCAGUUUACGCAAGGUUAUGAACCCGUAUCUCAGGUCUGGUCAGAGUGCUCCGGGAACUUCAGCCUCUCAAGGACCGUCUCCACUGGCCGAUAUUUCCAAUAUGACACCGGAACGAGACGACAGGGCUGCAGAAAGAGAAGGAUAUCAGAGAGAGUUCUCGCCUGACUAUUCGCCAAGCCCCAAUGCUAGGAUCAGAACAGUCCGUUCCGAGUCUGAUGAGCAACUCAACAAGCGAAAUAACAAUAGUACACCCUCCCGCCCUCCACCUGAAAGGCCUACCAAAGCGAUCGAGUCGCGAAAUAACUCAUUUCUCAACCUUGAUGGGGCUAGUGAUAAUGAGGAUGAACGUGGAUACCUGGGUCGAAAGCAUGGUAGCGUGUCCCAAACUAAGUCCAAGCAGCCUGGAAACACUCCAGCAAGGGACAUUCCCCGACCUGGCAAAGACCAUGUUGGGUCCAGGAAACCUUCCCAUCGCCCACAGCAGUCCGAUUCCGAGGAUGAGCCAGACCGCUCCAACCUGGCACUGCCGAUCGAAGGAGCUCGAGCCUCUAGUCCAGGAUCAGCUUCAACUGGUACAGAUUAUAAGUCUGCUCUCAGUGCUCCUCCUAGCGUGAGGAUCGAAAGCUCGGCAGACCCUAGUCCCAAAGUACUUGGCACUUUCGAUUCGAUUAAAAACAAGGGUAUUGAUGAGCCUGAGUUUGUCAUCGGUGACCCGACCGAAGAUGAUCGUCAGAAGGCACAGAAGAUCUAUGAUGGUAAUGAGGACUUCAUCCAGAAGGAGAAGGCUGCCUCGUGGAUGGGUGAAGAGGGCCCGAUCAGACAACGUACACUUCAAGCUUACAUGGAGCUUUAUGACUUUACGAAUCAGAGCAUUGUUCAAGCACUGAGACAAGUUUGCGGACGAUUGGUUUUUCGAGCUGAGACUCAGCAAGUUGAUCGCAUCCUGGUGGCCUUUUCUAAAAGAUGGUGUGACUGCAAUCCUAACCAUGGGUUCAAGGCAACUGAUGUGAUUCACACCAUUUGCUACUCAAUCAUGCUGCUCAAUACUGACCUUCAUUUGGCUGAUAUUGAGUCGAAAAUGACCCGCAGUCAGUUUAUCAAGAACACCAUGACGACCAUCUUGCAGGCUGUCGACGAAUCCGCCCCUGAUGCUUUCCACCGCCCAAGCAUUCUUCCAGACAAGAACGGUCUUGCGGCUGGUGAGAACCAGGAUCCGCCUUCUGAGCAGGAUCGACGUUCUUUUAGAAACUCUUUUAGACCCCCAGCUCGUGCGGACUCGGGUACCCUACCAGGUGAAGGCACUGAAGACUGCGGCCCCUUAGUCAAGUCACGAUUUAAUGGCACGAGAAAGGCCUGGGAAGAACAGAUAGAAACUGUCCUCAAGGGAAUCUAUACCUCUAUCAGAGAUGAACGGCUGCCCUUGUUUGGUGCUGAAUCUGAGAAGAACGCCAGCCUACAGCCUUCCCACAGUGGAGGACUCUCUGUAAUGGGGAUGCUCAAGAGAACUCCCAGUGUCCUUAGUAAGGCUCCUUCGGAGAGCCAGCUAUCUGUUCGCGGCCGCAUCAAUGAGAACGGUCGAGCCAAUACGGCAAGGUGGACAUCCAAGAGUCGAUCUCGCGCUGGCAUGAGCCGCAACGGCUUCUCUUCGAGUCGUACAAGUUUCGACGAUGGCAAUUCGCUGUGGAGUCCCACGCCGUCCUCUGCCACAUGGAGCCGCCACUCACUUGGAAGGACUCAAACAUCUGUUUCACAAGACUCCUUUGGCUCUCACCUUCCUCGAGGUGACUAUCAGCAAUCGAUCGGUUUCGCAAAUGCAUUGAGCCAAGCCAUCAUUCGAGAUGAAGAAAUGUACGGUGACGGUGCCCCAUCUAUUAUGAGUUCUGAGAUUCCGGCAACUCAACUCCUUGAAGAUGAGUCUCUUGAACUUGCUGGGCCGCCGUGGGUCAAGGAAGGAAUGGUCACUCACAAACACCACCUAGAUGGCGUGGAUAAGAAGGCCAAGGCCAGAAAUUGGUCCGAAGUCUUUGCUGUCAUUCAAAAGGGACAGCUGAAUCUGUUCUCAUUCCAACCUAACAAAUCUGUCCGUUCGAGAAACCGUGGCAGAAACGCUGGCGGUGCCCCUGCUAUUGUCGGUGGUGGCAAUUGGCAAGAUAACGCAACGAAUCUGGGCUGCUAUAACCUACGACAGACUCUCGCAUCUGCGCUUCCACCGCCAGGUUAUUCUCGGGCUCGCCCACAUGUAUGGGCGUUGAGCCUCCCUAACGGCGCCGUUCACCUAUUCCAAGUUGGUACACCCGAGAUCUGCAAGGAAUUCGUUAUUACAGCCAACUACUGGAGCGCUCGUUUGAGUACCCAUCCAUUGACUGGUGGUAUAAGUAACAUUGAGUACGGAUGGAGUGAGGCCAUUGUGAACAACGCUUUGGUAUCGGCCAUCAACGAGACUACGACUGGCAAGACCUCGCGUCCCGGAAGCAGCGCAGCACAUGGCCGGAGGUCAAGUGUUAACAGUGGUAGCUUCCGAGGAUCAAGCUUUGAUCACGUUGCGGGUGCUUUCACCAACAACAGUGGACGUGGUAAGCUACCAGGCGAUCGGAUUCACAUUGCCGAAUGGGCACCACCCACCCAGAGCAUGCGGCCCAGCAAUCAGCCUGAAGCGGAGCAGCUUCAGACUCUGGACACCUAUGUCAAAGGUAUCGAGGCAGAACUACAGACACACAACCGACUCCGCAGCCCUAUGCUUCUGGCUUUUACCCCUAGAGGUAGCAACGCUGUGAAGGCCAUGGCCAACUGGGAGCGCAAGAGCGCGUACCUCCUACGCGAAAUCGUCAAGUUCACAACAUACGUUGACUGCCUUCGACAAGCUGAUUCGAGGAAACAAGAAAUCUACCACGAGAGGGACUUGGCGCAAAGAGCUGCGCGAGGUGAACUCAGUGAAGGCGACAUGGACGUCAGCAGCAGCAGCGAUGAUGAAGGAGAUGUAACAUUGAGACCUUGA